AUGUCGUCCACUUCCCUCUGCACCAGCUGCUCCAGGACACCCGACGCCGUCCACGUCCGCUCCAAGCUGCGCCGUAACUCACUCGUUAGUGACCACGAAGAUAUUGCGCUGCUCCGGGAGAAACUCACUCGGAUCGCGGUUGGACGCCUUCGUGGUGCUUUUGUGAGUCGAGCAGAGGUCAUGGAGACAGAAGAAGAAGAAGAAGAUGAUGAGGGGGAGAAUGAACAGCAAGGCCGGAUAAGUGGUAAACCGGCUAUGCAGCACUUUACAGUGUUUUCUUCGCUGCUGCCGGAGCGGUCGAGCACGCCCCCGUCGUCUCCGCAGCCGCGCGAUGUGCUGAAGAAGCAGCUGAAGCUGAAGCAGCAGGUAUCCGAUAGUCGGAUACAAAGCACCAACAGCUGCGUACAAGAAGACGACGAGGGAUGUGAGGCUAUGGUGAGUGUCGACGACCUGGAGAUCAUGCCGGUAAAGGACAUUGUGGGGGGCCACGUAGUCACCUCUCCGUCUUGGACCGGAGACAAGCAGAGCCCUCGAGUUAGGAUGUCUAUACCUGGCCAUUUGCGUGUUAUGUCGCCGUUCAAUGUGUUUAAGCAGCAUCCGGAAGGACUGAGAAAGCGCAAAUGCGUUGACGCUCCUCAGGAUGGUCUGGAGGAACCACGGGCGAGCCUAAAGAAAACGUCGAGUCAGAUUAAAAUCUUGGUGACGUCAGCGGGAUCAUUGUCACGCAGUAGUAGUACCGGUCGAGAAUUUUUGCAGACGUUCGCAGCUCGACAGAGGCUUGAGCAGGACCACGACAUGGAGGACGUUGGAUGUACGACACAGCCGCAGUCACCGCAGAACGCACACUUUGGAAGCAAGCACGGUCAACUUUCAGCAUGCUCUUGA